AUGGUGCUCACCGCAUGCUUGCCUGCGCCCACUGGGCUAUCUCAGAACCAAACUGAAGCCAGAGAGAAGGCUAGAUGUCACGGACCCUGGCAGGCCUCCCUGGCCUCCUCCCGCAGAGAACCUCCCCCAUAUGGGCUCCGCAAAGGCUGGACACCCUGCUGCUUAGAGGACUUUGGAGACGGAGGCGCGUUCCCAGAGAUCCCUGUGGCCCAGUGGCCGCUGGAUAUGGGUCGCGGGAAAACAAGGGCCAAUGCACUGGCCAUUCAGGUCGAUUUCCGAGGGCGACUCCAAUACCAAGCAAUUGCUCGACAAGGACAGCCAAAAGCCAGGGUCAUUUACAGCCAGCACGCUGACCUGGUCCCAAAGGAGGUGACCAAUGCAGAGGAUCCAGACUUGCGGAGACCCGACCAAGAGGCCAUUCAAGAGACCACAGCAAAGACUCGGGCAGCCUUAGAGAAGCUUGUGUGGCAGAAGGUUGCUGCAGCCAUGCCGGCUGGAGAAGCUGAGAGACCGGCCCCUGCUCAGUAUGUGCGAUACACGCCCUCUCAACAAGGAGAGGCAUGGAACUCAGGGGCUAAGCAGAGGGUGAUUCGGGUGGUGGACAUGCAGAAAGAUCCCAUGGAGCCUCCGAGAUUCAAGAUCAAUCAGAAGAUUCCCCGGCCACCGCCUUCUCCUCCUGUACCUGUGCUGCGGUCCCCAAGUCGACGGAUGACUGUGAAGGAACAACAAGAGUGGAAGAUCCCCCCUUGCAUUUCCAACUGGAAAAAUGCAAAGGGUUAUACAAUUCCACUAGACAAGCGUCUGGCCACUGGUGCGAGAGGACUCCAGGCGGUGUGCAUCAAGGAUACCUUUGCUAAGCUGGCCCAAGCUCUCUAUAUUGCUGACCGCAAGGCUCGGGAGGCUGUCGAGGCCCGGGCCCAAGUGGAGAGGAAGAUGGCUCACAAAGCAAAACAGAAACAUGAGGAGAGACUGAGAGAGCUGGCCCAAAGGACCAGGGAGAGCAGAGCUGGGAGCAAAGCCCGAGUGGACAGAGAGGAUGGGGAGCCACAGGAGAGGGCAGGGAUCCGACAGGAGAGGCAGAAAGACAGGCGGUGUGACCGCAAUCUUUACAGGGCAGCUCCGAAGAGGACGUGGAAACGACAGCAUAUUGAGCAACGAGAUAUCACUGAAGUCAUUGCUCUCGGUGUCCCCAAUCCUGGAACCUCCAAUGAAGGUCAGUAUUAUGACCCAAGGCUCUUCAAGCAGCCCAAGGGUAUGGACAGUGGCUUUGCCGGUGGAGAAGAUGACUUUUACAACCUUUAUGGCCACUCCUGGAGAGGGGCUGAACCCAUGGCCCAUACUAUCUAUAGGCCCAGGCCAGAUCUGGACAAGGACAUGUAUGGCAAUGACCUAGAAGCCAGAAUGGAGACCCACAGGUUCUUUCCAUGCAAAGAGUUUUCCGAUUCAGAACAGAGGCAGGGAAGAUUAGAAGGACCUGUUGAGUUUGAGGAAGAUCCUUUUGGUUUGGACAAGUUUCUGCAAGAAGCAAAGCGGCAAGGCGGCUCAAAAAGACCCUCGGAGAGGAGCCAAGCCCAGGAACAGGAGCAUGGAGGCAAGAAGAGGAGGAAGGCAUAG